AUGGCAGAGCCCAUAGGCUCUCUGGACCGUGGUCAAGCCCCUGACUCGUUGACCGAAAAGGCACUGGUCGACAGUAAUGACGACAACGAAGACCUCAAUAAUCACCACCACCACAACAAUAUCAAUAAUGCCGUCCCACCACCCUUGUUCGUUAUUCCUAGCAACGUGGAACAUGAACCAGAGACACACACGUCCUCAUCGGCUGGGGACAAUGAGACAUACCCAGAAGGUGGUUUACGGGCAUGGCUCGUCGUCCUCGGCGCCUGGCUUGCGCUGGUGUCCUCACUCGGCCUGAUGAAUACACUCGCAACCUUCCAGACCUAUUUAACAACACAUCAACUUGAGGAAUAUGACGAGGGAACGGUCGGUUGGAUAUUCUCGAUAUACACAUUUGUCGUGUUCUUUGGGGGCUUGUACAUUGGGCCCCUAUUCGACAAGCAUGGGCCGAGAUGGCUGGUCCUCAUAGGAACACUUUCUGUGGGCACUAGCAUGAUGCUUUUUAGUAUUUCCACAGAACUCUGGCACUUCAUUCUGUCCUUCGGCGUCUUCUGCGGCCUAGGGUGCUCUCUCCUCUUCACGCCCUCGAUCGCCGCCGUGGGGCACUUUUUCCAAGCACGGCGCGGUCUCGCCACGGGCAUCGCCUCCACGGGCGGGAGUAUUGGCGGCAUCAUAUUCCCUUUAAUGCUGCAGUCACUGUUCCCUCGUUUCGGCUGGGGCUGGUCUAUCCGCAUCCUAAGCUUCGUUGUGCUGGCCAUCUGCGCGUGCGCGAACUUCCUCAUCCGCUCGCGCCUCCCGCCCGCGCUCAACGCCAGCGCCCGGCCCGACUUCAAGAUCUUCGGCAACCGCGCCUUCCUGCUAACCACCAUCGGCAUGUUCCUGCUAGAGUUCGCGCUCUUCAUUCCGCUGACAUACAUCUCGUCCUAUGCCAGGUCCAAGGGCUUCAGCGAGGCCUUCUCAUUUCAGAUACUGCCCAUCCUCAACGCCGCGUCCGCCUUCGGUCGAGCGCUGCCUGGCUACUGGGGCGAUAAGAUUGGACCUUUUAAUAUUAACAUGCUCAUGGCUAUCCUCUCCAUAAUCUCGUGCCUUGCGAUUUGGCUGCCCGCGGGGUCCUACACAGCCGGCCUGAUUCUGUUCGCAGUAGUGUUUGGUUUCGCCAGCGGGAGCAACAUCAGCAUCACUCCGGUGUGCAUUGGCAUGCUGUGCAAAACGCAAAACUAUGGCCGGUACUAUGCCACGUGCUACACGGUUGUCAGCUUUGCUUGCCUUGUAGGUGUGCCGAUUGGGGGCAACAUAUUGACGUCGAAUGGAGGUGAUUACUGGGGGGUCAUUGUUUUCACCGGUCUGGUGUAUCUGGGCUCUUUCAUAUCGCUGUACUUCGCAAAGGUGUGCAAGGUUGGCUGGAAGCCCUGGAUUAUCUUCUGA